AUGCGCAUGAAAAGACAGUUUACGGCAAUAUUUCUGGCGUUUCUGGUGUGCUAUUCACACGCAAGGAUCUCGAUUGGAGAGGCGGUAGACCUCCAGAAGGCAGAAAUCGGAAAGGACAAAGUGAUUAUAAACCCAAGAGGCCCGCUAAACAUGAUUCGUGGAUACGUAUACUCAGAAAUGGGAUACAUGCACU